AUGCCAGAGACACCGACAUAUUGGGAACUUUUGAACAACUGCGAUCAAGAUACUUAUCAAGAUCUUCAAAAGAAACUCAGCUCUUCUGAGUGCAGAAACUGCAGAAACAAAAGACUUGAUAAUUUCAACGAAAUGCUCGAUGAAAUUAAGACAUAUACCAACAAGUCUGAUGGAGAUGAUUGGAAACGCUGCUUAGUUUGUGGUGUUUGCUUCCUCUCUGAUGGUAUCGCAAUUAAUACUCACCAGCUCAGUAUUUUGAUUGGUAAGUGCAAGAGCUCAAUCAAUGGAUCCCUUCACAGACUUAAAUACGUCCCCUUCCCCUGCAGUAAUGCAGCCAGUCAGGAAUUAGUUGGUUUAAUUCCAAAGCUGAAGGUGAACUACUCUGAACUAAGACAGUGGACACUUAGAAAGAAGGGAAUGAUGACACCACAGCCAACAGUUCGUGAAACAAAGCCACUUCCAACCCCAAUCUUCAUUACACCGCAACCAAAACCAAAGGUUGAGCCACUUGUACCUCAAAAUCCUGAUGAAAUCAAGACUGAAGAUAUCUUCUACGAUGAUCCGAUUAUGCUUCCUAUGAACAGUUGGAAUGACGAGUUCGAAAUCUCAACUCCAACGACAAGCUAUGAAAAUUCGGUCUUCCUUGAUGACUUCAUUUGA